AUGUACACGCUUACUGUAAUGAACAUGAGUGCUGCUGAAGUCGUUGGUUGGACUCAUUAUUUUCAAAUCGCCUUGAUUGUUGAAUUCAUUUUAUUAAUUAUUAAUUUCCUUCAAACAUUGUUCAUGUGGUAUCUCGUCCACUUCACAAACCAAUAUCAUCGCAAUUUAGCUUUAUUAGUCGAACAAAUUUGCAACCAAUAUUUUGUUUCGGUUUUAUCUCGAAUGUUUAUUAUUUACAUGCAAAUAACUGAACUCAGAAUGGACAUUUUACUUCAAAAUGAAUACUUUUUAUUUGCGAUUUGGCUUCGAAAUUCGUUGUUGUUCGUUGCAUUUUACUGUGCUCCAUUUUUGGUUUUCGAACGGGUGUUCGCAACCUAUUAUAUGGCGGAUUACGAAAAUAAUCAACGACGAUGGAUCGCUUAUAUAUUAAUUUUCCUUCUUUACACGAUCUCCUUCACAUCUGCCCAAUUAUUUAUUUUCGUUCCAAGCACAGAUGCAUUUCACACAAUUCUGAUUUCGUGCACAAAUCUCUUCGCGUUUGCGCUCACAAUUCUCACCGAUCGCUACAACAGACUGCAAUAUCGGGCUCUUCGUCGAAGUUUGACGUGCUGUUAUUCUUUGAGCUCUCGGGUUCAGCUUGCAGAAAAUAUCAAGAGUUCUCGGCCAUUCAAAGUUCUUUGUCUGCUCAUUGCCGUCUUCGCAUUCAUCAGCAGCUCAAUGCUUCAUGUUGAUCGCUACACAAAUAAUGAGACAAUUAGAAACGUCGUCUACCUCGUAUUCAAUUACAGUUGCUGGUCAUACGGCACAUUUGUACCAAUAUUCAUGUUGUUUUAUAAUAAGAAAUGGCAGGAGGAAGUGAUUCGAUUGAAGAGAAUUGUAGUAUUCCGAAAUCAUCAUCAGAUUCCAUUGCAAAGAAUAUCGAAAAAUGAAGUGAAAGAUAGCUUCGGAAGAAAUUGUCUCGUCGACGGAAAACAACAAACUGACGUUUAUUUCUCACAACUAAAAUUUGACUGGAAAUAA